GGUGCGUCGGGCGGCGGCGGGAAGAUGGCGGCGGGCGCGCGGGGCCCGCACCGGAGGCGGCCGGCGCGGCGCUGACGGACGGAGCCCCGCGACCUUGACCCCAGCCCAGGUCGGGGUGACAGCAGCAUGGAGUGUGGGGCCCUGUGGGUUGGCCGCUGCCCCGUGCCCCCGCAGCACCGCCGCGCAGACGUCGGAUCUGGCCCAGCCCGCAGGGUGCUGCACCGCUGCCUGUGAGCCCCCCCCCCGCCACGCACCGCGUCCCCAUGGAGAGGAUGAGCUGGCUCAGCAAGCUGAACCCCCGGGGGGCCGGGCACCGCACCGCCCGCAGCGCCAGCUUGCAGAGCCCCGUCACCGCUGACCCCGAGACCUGCCUCAUGGUCUUCAAGAACCACUGGUCCCAGGUGCUGCGGAUCCUGGAGCGGCGGGGCUGCAAGCCGGCCCCUGACGACCUCAGCGCUGUGCGCAACAACACCUACCAGAUGCUGAACCUGUUGGCGGAGGACCGGCCGCGGGGUGAGGCAGCUGCAGGGCCCAUCCUGGAGUUCGUGGUGGCAGAGAAUCUCCUGGAGCGCCUGCUGUGCUGGCACCUGCAGGGGGACUUCACAGAGGAGCGCAAGGUGGAGCAGCUGAAGCUCUAUGAGAUGCUCAUCAGCCAGGCCCGGCAGCCCCUGCUGCAGCACAAGCCUGUGCUCACGCCCCUGCUACGGCUGCUCAGCCUCUGCGCUGAGCCUGCCUCGGCGCUGCUGGAGAACAGCCUGGUGCUGCUGCUCAACCAGCUCUGUGUCUCUGUGGCCAAGGAGCCCUCCAUCCUGGAGCUCUUCUUCCACAGCCACACGGACCAGGGCCCUGCCAACCUCAUCAUAUUCUCUCUCCUCAUCCCCUUCAUCCACCACGAGGGCGUCCUGGGGCAGCAGGCCAGGGACGCGCUGUUGCUUAUCAUGGCCAUGUCUGCCAGCAACCAUGCCGUGGCCAAGUCCAUCACCGACAACUCCUACUUCUGCCCGGUCCUGGCCACAGGCCUGAGCGCCCUGUACUCCUCUCUGCCUCGCAAGAUUGAGGUGCGGGGGGAUGACUGGCACUUCCUGCGCCGCGAGGACUGGAUCGGCGUCUCCUCCCUCGUGCUCUUCAUGAACUCGCUGGAGUUCUGCAACGCUGUCAUCCAGGUUGCCCACCCGCUGGUGCAGAAGCAGCUGGUGGACUAUGUCCACAACGGGUUCCUGGUGCCCGUCAUGGGGCCAGCGCUGCACAAGACCUCCAUCGAGGAGAUGAUCGCCAGCACGGCGUACCUGGACCUGUUCCUGCGCAGCGUCAGCGAGACGGCGCUGCUAAAAACCUUCCUGCGCUUUGUGCUGCUGCACCGCCAUGACAACGCCACCAUCCUCGACACCCUCGUGGGCCGCAUCAACAGCAACUCGCGGCUCUGCAUGGUCUCCCUGAGCCUCUUCCGGACACUGCUCAGCCUCAACUGUGAGGACGUGAUGCUGCAGCUGGUGCUCAGGUACCUGCUGCCCUGCAGCCACGUCAUGCUGAGCCAGAAGCGUGCGGUCAGGGACCUGGACAUCUAUGGGAAGACGGCCGCCAAAUUCCUGUCGCUCAUCCCACGCUGCUGCCGCCCCGAGAGCCUGCCGCCGCCUGAGCGGGAGGAGGAGCAUGCAGCCUGGUCCAAGGGCCAGGGCAGCCCCAAUGUGGACGCCUCCUCCGUGGUGACAGUGCCGAAGCCCUCCACGCCAUCCCGCCUUGCCUUCUUCAUGCGGCAGCAGAGCGCUGGCCCUGAGGCAGCUGGCGCCGUGCCGCCGCGCUCCCCCGGUACGCCGUGCGGCAGCCCCGGGCACCGGGCCGGCCGCUGGGAGGAGGUGUCGGAGCUGGACAGGAACUACCUGGAGUACCUGCGGGACGCGCGCCACAGCAUCGACCGCUGCGUCUGGGCCUGCCGCGUCUGGUCGGCCCCCUACGACGGCGAGGAGCCGAGCGCCACUGGCGCAGCCCCCACACCCGAUGGCAGCCACCCGCCUGGCCCAGAGGGCUGCGGCGCCCCGCGCCCUCCGGGACCCCCCACCCCGCGGACUAAGAAGCGGGGCCUGCCUGAGGAGGGGGCAAGGGAGGGCCCUGGGGGGGCACCCGUCCCCGGUGAGCCCUGCACCGGGGGUCCCAGCCCCAACGCCCAGGACUCAGGAGCCCUGGUGAACGGGGCGCAUGGGUUGGUGGAGCCAGGGCGUCCCGAGGGGGACGUGGCGGUGAAGAAGGUGCGCAGGAGCCCCCAGGGUGAGGGGCUGGCGCAGAAUGGGGCUGCGGCCCCCCCCAGCUCCCGGCCGCAGCCCGCGGGCUGGGAGCCGCUGCCCUCCGUGGACUCGCUGCUGGAGGAGCUGCUGGCCAAGGCGCCGGCCGAGCCCAACGGGGCGGGCGUCAGCAUUGAGGCCUUCACGGAGGAGCUGCGGGAGAUUGAGGCCGAGAUGAAGAACGGUGGCGUGGACGCCCUGCCCAGCCCCAAGGAGCCGCCAUGCGCGCCUGAGCUGCCCCUGUCCCGCGAAGAGGAGGAGGCCUAUGCCAGCUUCGCCGCCCUGCCCGAGGGCGAGCUGCUGGCCGGGCCGGGGGAAGCUGCGGGGCGGGUGCUGCCCCGGCCCCUGGACCCGCUGGCGCAGCUCAUCGCCAGCCCUCCGCGUGCCGUGGGGCCGCCCCUCAGCCAGCCCUUCACAGGCCCCUUCGUGACGGCGCUGUUCGGCAAGCUGGAGAACAUGCUGCACAACUCGCUGUACGUCAACUUCCUGCUGACCGGGCUGGUGGCCCAGCUGGCCUGCUACCCGCAGCCGCUGCUGCGCUCCUUCCUCCUCAACACCAACAUGGUCUUCCAGCCCAGCGUCAAGUCCCUGCUGCAGGUCCUUGGCUCGGUGAAGAACAAGAUCGAGAGCUUUGCUGCCAGCCAGGAGGACUUCCCCACGCUGCUCUUCAAAGCCAAGAAGUACCUGAUUGCCCGGGGGAAGCUGGACUGGUCGGACACGCCGAGCGUGGUGCCAGCCCUGCGCCGCUCUGAGACGCUGGCCCGCAGCCGGAAGCCGUCGCUGGGCGAGCUGAUCCUGCGGCACGCCAACAGCCCGACGCGGGCGCGCCAGGCGGCCCAGCUGGCACUGCAGCAGGUGCGGGACGGGCCGGUGCUGCAGGCGCUGGCGGGGGCGACGCUCUUCCGCGGUUCGGCCGAGAAGCAGAGCGAGGCGCUGCGGGUCAAGAACGCCGUCUACUGCGCCGUCAUCUUCAGCGAGUUCCUGAAGGAGCUGGCGGCCAUCGCCCAGGCCCACGCGGUCACAUCCCCGUUCCUGACCGAGCCCCCCGAGGAGUGACUGCGGCGGGCGCCUUUUUAACCACGCGCAGGGCACGGACCUUUUUAAUUUAUUGGGGAUGAAUGUUGUGCUGAGAGCUGGCUGCGGUGCGGCAAGGGGAGGCUGCUGCCCGCGGGGAUGCGCCGGGGUCGGCAGGGCCGGAUCCUGUGCCGCCUCACGCGGGGCGGGCCGGCUCUGCCCCCCACCCCCUGGGUCCCCACUGUCACCCCGUCACCUAUCCCCUCCUCUCUAUGCAACACCCCGUGCCGUGGGGCAGCCCCACGGGGGCUGUGGGGCGGCGGGCCGGGGCUGGGGCAUGGGGCGUGGGGGCU